AUGCAGCAGCUUCAUUGGUUUUCUGACGCAUGCAAAGGAAUUCCACAGGCCAGGAUUCCUGAAUUCCUGCAUAAUUCUCAGCCUCCGGCUGCUCCGGCAACUGCACGACCGAACGCAGAGGAUUUAGAAUUGGCAAUGGCGAUCAAUGCCUCUAUCCAAUCAGCUAUUUUGGAGACAUCUAUUGUCGAUUUGCACUCUGGAAAUGGAGCUAGUGCAUCUGCUGAUUGGGGUAGCUCUUCAAGUACCAGCGAAUGGACUAUGACCGAAGCUAGCUUCGGUACCAUUUCAACUGAGGUCAUCGAGAUUCAUAACAAUAACAUUUCUGCUGUCCCACCAACUUCAAUCCCAUCAGCACCACCAGCCACGAAAGAGGUCGUAGAAGAUAGUCCGAUCCAAUAUCAGUCGAUCAGUUCCACUCCCAUCAAUGCUUCCUCAAACUGUGAAAGCUUACUUUAUAGUGCCGGUAAAACAAAACACGACGAAGGCCCUUUAUGUACAAUAUGUAUGGAUGCUCCCUCAGAAGCAGCCUGUGGUCCUUGAGGCCAUGUCGCCGGAUGUAUGCGUUGUUUGAAUGAGAUCAAAACCUAGAAAUGGGGUUGCCCUGUUUGUCGUGCCGAGACUCAGCAGGUUAUGAAGCUUUAUUGUGUUUGA